AUGAAUAAGAAUGAUGAAAUAAAACGUCUGAUCGAUGUAAAGAUGUACCUUUACAAGCGGUCCGCAGAAAAAAUUAGUCCAAAUGAUUUGAUGACUUCGUUUAAAAAAGUUCAUCAGGGACCAUUGGUCAUGGGAAACUACCGAAGUGAAAUAAAAAGACAUAAAGAUAAGGAAACCAUCAUUAGCCAAUUGACAAAUGAAGAGAAGGAUAGCCAAGAUGAGAACAUAUCUGAACAUAAAAUUUCAUUUGAAAUACCAUCUGUCGAAAAAACGGCAAGCAACGCUAUUCCAGUACGAUAUGUUAAGGUUUCCUGGAAAAACACAAACAUCGAAAUAAACGUGAAAGGUGGUGAACAACCCUUCCUUUUCAUUUACAGAACACAACCGAUGUUCUAUUGCCACCCGGAAUAUAACGUUGGUGUCUUCUGCGACAUAACGUACCUCGACCCAACUCCCAAGCCCUCCAUCCUAAAACGUAUUGGCGACUGUUUGCACAAACUCGCUAACAUUAAUCUUUUUCGUUCCGAUGAAAAGAAGAAAAUUUUUUGA